CGAACAGAUGUUUUAGUUAAGUUUCAUUUUUAGUUUAGAGAAAAAUGUUCAACUUAAGUAAAUCAAGAAAUGUCUUGCAAUCGUUAAAAUACGCAGCAUGGCCCAAACAUGCAUCUAACACAUCUAGCGCAUCGGCGUCUGUUACCGACGCUAAGGAAGAACAUGAAGAAAUUGUUUCACAAGCCAGCAAAAAAUUACAACCUCGCUUGCCUUUAGCAAAGAAUUUCUUCGUAGGCUUAGUAGAUAAGGAACUGUUAGCAUAUCCGGAGGUUAUAACACGCGAUGAUAUGGCUCAGCUGCAAAAUGAUUUAAAGCCUUUGCAGGAUUACUUUACCGUAAAUAAAUUUAAAGAAGACAUCAAUUCUAUAGCGACUUUGGCCAAAGAUUUACAAAAUUUGGAUAUAUACGGUCUCAAUAUUUCUCGAGAUUUUGAUGGUAAAGGCUGGAACUUUAGUGCCAGUUUAAUGGCUACGGAACCGGAAUGUCAAGGUUCUGUCGAUGUAGCGUUCUCACUGCUGCCACAUCGUUCUAUUGUUGAUGCACUGCAAGAAAAAGGUACACCAGAACAGCAGCAGAAAUAUUUAACAAAGUUGGCUAAAGGUUCUUUGGUAGCGAGGGAAGCGAUAUAUGAGCUAGAUGCUCCCGAUUAUUCCUUAUUUCAUACUAAAGCAUUUUAUGAUGCCACCAACCAGAACUGGUGCUUAAAUGGCUCUAAGACUCUUGUAGUAGCACCCCCCAAAGCUGCGGAAGCUUCACAGCUUUUUCUGGUUUUAGCACAAACCUCACGGUACAGCGAACAAGUGGAAAGCGAUCAAGCCAGCACAACUGCAUUUCUAGUAGAUUCGAAUGUUCCAGGCGUUAGAAUUCAUGAACGUGUUGAAACUUUUGGUUGCCGAUCCUCUACGAUGCAAACGGUAACUUUCGAUAAUGUUAACUUGAAAGAAAAUUGCAUUUUAGGCUUGCCGCAUGAAGGUAAAUUUGUAGGCGAAUUCUUGCAACAAUCGAACCGGUUACGGAAUGCUUUGGUAGCCCUUGGCUUGUCAAAAAAUAUUUUAAAUUAUUUGACGAAUUUUUGUAUAGAAACAAAGAAAAUGGGUGUUACUUUAAAAGAUAUGGAAUUCGCGCAAACACAUUUAGCUAAAGCUACUUUAUCGCUAUAUGGCGUGGAGAGUAUGAUUUACAUGACUGCAGGUCUAUUGGACGAAUUUCAGAAUCCAGAUGUUAUCUUAGAAACAGCCAUUACAAAGUAUUUCAGUUUAAAAGAGCUUUUGAACCUUUCCAUAAGCCUUUUGGAUUUAAAAGGUCCUAAAGCAUUAUUAACUGGAGAAAUGACGGAACGGUAUUUAAGAGACGCUAUGCAACUAUAUGUUUAUGGAGAGUCAAUAACUAUGUUAAAUGCUUUUAUAGCUUUAGUGGGUCUACAGCAUGUGGGAAGCGUUAUAGGCGAUAACAUCCGCAAACAACGUAAUCCUCUAUUUUAUCCUGGUCAUAUUUUGUCCAAAUUUAUGGAACGUUCAAGUAUUGAUAAUCCCAUCACGAACAUGGAAUUGCACGAAAACCUUCAUCCGAGCUUACAACCGGCUUCUAUGUGUUUAGAACAGUCAGUUGCUCGCCUACAAAUGUGUUGCGAUCUUUUGCUUACCCGUCAUGGUACGGGUAUCGUGGAAUGCCACAACGAAUUUUGUCGCAUAGCUGAUAUGGUCUCCAUCCUUUAUUGCAUUUUUUCUAGUUUGGCGAGAGCAUCGAGAUCAUAUUGUAUUGGUUUAUACCUGGCUGAUCAUGAACUUCUAACUGCUACAGCUAUCUGCCAGGAUGGAUUUCAAAAAGUAAAGACUCUAGCCACAGAAAUUUUCAACGGUCAAUAUGUGAAUAAUGACAGAAAUGUACAUCGCCUCUCGCAACAAAUAAUUAAAAGUAAAGGAUAUUUUGCGGAACAUCCUCUAAAAUAUAAUUUUUAAAAGUCAAUAAACAAU